GCCUCGUCGUCUCAACAGCAACAUGAUUCGCACACUGUUCACCGUCAUGGUCAUGGCGCUCGUGGUCGCUUUCGCCGCCGCCGGUCACUUCGGCGGAGGAGGAUUCGGUGGACGCUUUGGUGGAUUUGGCGGUGGAAAAUUCGGUGGAUUCAGCAGCGGAGGAUUUGGAGGUGGAUUUGGAGGUGGACACAGAGGCUUCGGUGGAGGUUUCGGAGGAUUCGGAGGCGGACACGGAGGGUUCGGAGGAGGAUUUGGAGGAUAUGGACGGUAAACCAUGGCCUCUCACACAACAGAUCAUAUUCUUAUAUUUCGAUAAUAAAGCUACUAUUAGUGACA